AUGAGCUCGUCUCGCGCGGCGUUCCAGCCUCUCCGACGGGCAUUCCACUCGUCGGCACGGGCCCAGUCGCACAUUGGCUCGCUGCCCGUCCCCAUCCCCGCCGGCGUCACCCUCUCGUACCCGCCCAUGUCCAUCGACCCUACCGUCCCGCGCACAUCGCCGAUCGCUCGCCGUCUCGUCGAGGUCAAGGGACCCCUCGGCUCGCAGGUCAUCUCGAUUGAGCCCCCAGUGAUCCUCACGCCGCCAGCGGAGCAGGGCGGCGCGCUCGUCGUGUCGGUGCAUGACGCCGAGCAAAAGUCGCACGCGUCCGUGUGGGGUCUUACCCGCUCGCUCAUCCACAACGCCGUUGUCGGCGUCACGACGGGCUACUCUGUCGAGCUCAAGCUCGUCGGUGUCGGUUACCGUGCGGCCGUUGAGCCCAUCCCCCAGGUCUUCCGCGACAUCCAGGCCAAGAUCCCCCGCGCCGUCCGCCCAGUCAAGGCCGGCGCUCCCCCCUAUGUCCUGCCGCCUCACCCGACCGAGCGUCUGAACAUCAAGCUCGGAUACUCGCACCCCGUCCUCCUGGACAUUCCCGAUGGAAUCAAGGUCGCCGUCCCCCAGCCGACCAAGAUUGUCCUCACCGGAAACGACAAGCAAAAGCUGGGUCUCUUUGCCGCCAAGAUCCGUCGCUGGCGCAAGCCCGAACCCUACCGUGGAAAGGGUAUCUUCAUUGGUGACGAGACUAUCAAGCUUAGGGAGAUUAAGAAGAAGUAG